AUGUCUCAACGAGAUGCAGAUACGCCCACGUUCCAACAAGCCUUGAAGCAGGACCGCGCCCAGUUUGAAGACUGCACGCCCUGUCGCGUCGUUGGCAGCGCAACAUUUCUGGGCCUGGGAGCCUUUACCUAUGUCUCUGGCCACUCGCAAAUCCGCGCCAACCAAGCGGCAAUUCGAGCCAGCAACAGCAUUUUUGGGGUGCGCAGUAGACACAUAGCCAUCACUGGCACCAGCGCCGUCAUGGUCGGCCUGGGCAUCUAUCGCUGGUUUUCCUAG